AUGGCAGAUCUGUCCAGUCAACAUGUUGCGGUUGUGAAAAUAUCAAAUGACAGCGAUAUCAAUGCAGUCACGGUGGUGUCGGCAUAUUUUAAAUACAACAUGCCGACCCACAACUUCACGGUGAAGUUGAGGACCGUACUCGAACGUGAAAGCAAGACCAUAGUUGGAGCCGAUGUGAAUGGACACUCGCCGCUCUGGCAUUGUGACAAUACCAAUGACCGCGGAAGACAAACCGUUGAACUGAUUGAGGAUUUUAACCUCGCAAUAGUCAAUCGGGAAAGCGAGAUUAGAACGUACAACCGAGAGGGCAUGGGCUCAUCGAACAUCGAUGUAACCAUCGCAACACCGCAAACCGCGAACCUGGUGCGGGACUGGUCGGUUAUGGAUGUAACCGACAGUGACCAUAACGUGCUGUCAUUCUGUAUUGACCUUAGGACAGACAGAGUGCCGAGAGAGGUCUCAAACCGUUAUAAUACCAAAAAGGCUGACUGGGCUAAGUUCGUCACACGCCUGAUCGACCGUAGAGCCGAAAUUGACAGAUCCAACAUUGACACGUAUGCUCGGACGCUAGUCGGCAUAAUUCAGGGUGCAGCCGCGGACUCUAUGCCGAAAACAAGCACUGCCGGCCGGAGGCCAGGCAAACAGCCCUGGUGGACACCUGAACUCGCCACCGCCAAAAAGGCACUUGACCGCAUGAGGAGAAUGGGGCUCCAUAGAUCUGAUAGACAGACUUACAUUCAGGCACGAAAUGCAUAUGUAGCCCUCAUCAGAACCGCUAAACUAGAAGCGUGGCGCACCUUUUCUGGCGACAUUAACACCAACACAUGGGGAAAAGCGUUCAGCUGGGCGAAGAACGGUCCCAGGUCCAAGAAAGUCCCCUCCACCAUGGCUCGCCCAGAUGGAGCGUUGACCGAAACACUGGAUGAGACGGCGGAAAUACUGUUGGGCUCCUUCUUCCCGAGAGAGGGGCAAAGAAGAGUCUUCGAUAAGAGUGGGCCGAUAGAUGAAUACGGUGGCACGGUAGACUUCGAGAGAGUAAAAUCGGCGAUUUGGAGAAUGCACCCAGGAAAAGCUCCUGGAGCCGACGGCAUCACAGCAGGGAUUUUAAGAAAGGCAUGGCCGAUCCUCGGUGAAGACAUUGUACAUCUCUUUAGGAUGUGCAUUACCGAAGCCAACUUCCCACAGUCGUGGAAAUGUGCUAAAUUAGUUGUACUGCCUAAGCAGGGGAAAAAGGAUUUCACGAACCCCAAAUCAUACAGACCUAUCAGCUUGCUGCCAACAAUGGCGAAGGCACUGGAAACGCUGAUAAUUCAGGACUUGGUGUUAGAAACUGAUCUAAAUAGUCACAGCCAGCAACAUGGAUUUGUGCCAGGCAAAUCAACCAUCACGGCCAUGAAGUCUCUGUACGAAUGGAUACACAAUAGCAAUGGCAGGCACGUGUUUGGGGUGUUUCUGGACAUCACCGGGGCCUUCGACAACGUCGGCUGGUUCCCGCUGCUGUCCAGACUCGACGCACUCGGCGCCUCGCUUAGAACGAUAAGACUUAUUCAGAGCUACCUCAAAAAUAGGACAGUAAGCCUCGUGAUCGAGGGAAAACGAUACCAGAGGACAAUUGAGCGAGGAUGCCCACAAGGGUCCCAGCUUGGUCCCACAUUGUGGAAGGUUGCCAUGACGGAGAUUGGUAACAUACAGCUGGACAGCACGGCCAACAUGGUGCUGUAUGCGGAUGAUAUUGCGCUAACGGUAGCAGCGGCGAGGCCUCAAACGGCACACAACAGAAUUGAAGGAUACCUUGAUAGCCUGAAGGUGUGGGCGAAGGAAUACGAGUUGGAGUUCUCGCCGGCAAAAAGUCAAAUACUUAGCCUAAAAGGAGGUUUGAAGCCAGGCUACUCAGUAGGCUUUGGCUCAGGAGAUGAUGAUGCCAGGAUCGGGGCUAAAGGGACAGCGAAGUGCCUGGGCGUCACACUGGACCCCAGAGAGAGCUUCUGGGACCACAUAUCGUCCCUCAGAACAAAGUCAGAGGGCAUGUACCAUAGACUCCAAUAG